AUGGGUUCAAUGCCAGAGAAGAAGACCAUGCGUGCGCAACAGUACGAUGCGCGGGACAACAAGCUCCACCUCAACGAAAUACCCAUCCCGACGCCGCGCGAACAUGAGAUUCUGGUCAAGAUGGGUAGCGCAUCCCUCUGCCACACGGAUGCCAUGCUCUUCGAGCCCAAUGACCAAGGUCUGAUUCUGGGCAAGAACCCCGUCACCAUCGGCCACGAAGGAACCGGCAGAGUAGUAUCAACCGGCUCGGGAGAGUUAGCCCGAACGUUCAAAGAAGGUGACCCGGUCGGCUUCCUCUGCGCAGUCGACUGCUGCUUCGUAUGCUACGCCUGCAAGAACGUACAUAAUGCGUGGUGCGCAACAGGCGAGACCAAGAUACAAGGGUUCAGCGCCGACGGCUAUUUCGCCGAAUACGCGGUCGUAGAUGCUAGGGAAGCGAUCAUCCUCCCUGAGAACCUCGACCCCAAGACCUCAGCGCCCCUCUUCUGCGCAGGCGUAACAGCAUACCACGGCAUCGCAGACUGCCAACUACCCGCCGGCUCCUGGCUCGCCGUAAUUGGAUGCGGCGGCCUAGGCCACAUGGGCAUUCAAUACGCCAAAGCCAUGGGCCACAACGUCAUCGCCAUCGACAUCACCGACGACGCAAUAGAAGAAGCGCGCAUCUGCGGCGCGGACUAUACUUUCAACUCCAUGGCCGACAAGGACUGGAAGAAGAAGAUUGUAGAGCUUACAAAAGGUGGUGUACACGCGGCUGUGAACUUCACGGCGAGCAAGAAGAGUUAUGAUGAUUGUCCCGCCAUUGUCAAGGCGGGGCAGGGGAUUAUUAUGGUGGUGGGGAUUCCGCAGCAGCCGUUGGAGUUUAAUGGGUUGGAUAUUGCGUUGGGGAGAUAUCAGGUUAAGGGGUCGAGUAACGGGACUUGCUACAAUAUGAGAGAGGCAGUGGAGUUCUCGGCGAAGCACAACAUCACGCCGCAUAUGACGACGUUUAAGCUGGAGGAGGUGCCGAAGAUGGUGGAGCUGAUGAAUGCGCAUAAGGCCAAGGGACGGAUGGGCGUGGUGUUUGACUGA